AAUCGGGUGUUUGUUUCCUCCGGAGCCAAUAUCCCGUUGGACCGUUUGAGAAUCGUGACGUGGUGAUUGGUCAUAUUGAAAACUUCUCAGUUAGCGUUAACUACAUUGUGAUUAGGCCGCCAAACGUCUGCUAUACAUGUUAACGAGUUUUAGUUCAUGUGGAAUAAUAAGUUUAUUCGGUUGUUUUGACGGGGAUCAAACUAUUUGCUGCUUUUUUGUCUGAUCAACAAGGGCUGUGUGGUCGUAUCUGCUUUGACUGACUGACCAGAACUCAUACGGUGGCACAAUGAAGCUCUACAGCAUCAGCAUCCACCACAAAGGAGCGACCAAAGCCAACCUCCUCAAAUCGGCAUAUGACCUCUCCUCCUUCAGCUUCUUUCAGCGCUCCAGUGUUCAGGAGUUCAUGACCUUCACCAGUGCCUUGAUUGUUGAACGGACAUCACAAGGAAGUCGUGCCUCUGUCAAAGAACAAGAGUACCUGUGUCAUGUGUAUGUUAGAAAUGACAACCUGAGUGCUGUGGUCAUCGCAGACACUGAAUACCCACAGAGAGUCUGUUUCACAUUGCUAGACAAGGUAUUAGAGGAGUUCUCCAGACAAGUGGACAGUAUUGACUGGCCCUCUGGUAAUCCUGAAACCAUAAACUACAAGUCCCUGGAUAUUCACCUUUCUAAAUACCAGAACCCUCGGGAAGCAGAUGCAAUGACCAAAGUGCAGGCAGAGCUGGAUGAGACAAAGAUCAUUUUGCACAACACCAUGGAAAGUCUAUUGGAGAGAGGAGAGAAACUGGAUGAUCUUGUGGCAAAGUCCGAGCACCUGGGAAACCAGUCAAAAGCCUUCUACAAGACCGCACGGAAACAGAACUCAUGCUGUGAGAUCAUGUGAUGCCGCUGCCUCGUCCUCGGGGAUACGCCUCUCUCUGCCUUUCUGCUUUUCCUACAACUCCCAUCACGCACCAGCCACCAGCUCUCAACACAAAGGACAGAACGUCUGUCUGUCUAAUCCGGGAUGGGACGUCGGGAUGAGAGCACAAAAGGGUGAAAGUUUGACCUGUCCGGAUUGUGACUGAUGGGGGCUGAAGGAGUGAUGGGGUCUGGUCGGGGGAAGAAGUAACAUUUGAAUUAUUUUUUGACCUUUCAAAGGGUAAACAUCUGUGUGGUGUUUCACUACCAGCUGCGGACAUAAUAGUGUGGCGUUGUGUAUCGGUGAUGUAUUGUUGAAACGUCUUCAAACCAUUUACUGUAAUUCAGAUUGAAUCAAAUCUUGAUAGUUUGUUUUCAACUGUUAACAUUCUUUAAAAAGUAUUAACCACAAUUGUGCAACUGCUUCAAGGCAACUCUGACAAUCUCACGGUCUUAUCUUGUGAUUUCAUAAAAUGCAUCACCGUUUCGGUAAACACUAAACAAAAAACAGUUUUUCUUGCAGGCAUAACCUUUGGUUGCCCUCUAGAUGGCCCUGGUUUGUUUUACUUCCUGUUACUGCUCCAAUGAGCCUCAAUGUUGGGGUCAAUCUAAAAACUAAUGUGAGCCAAGACGGCAAGUGGCUGCUUGGAUGCGUGAUAUCAAAAUCUCACAGAAUUAUACAAUGAUUUUUGAAACCUCUUUCCUAGACUGGACUAAGUUACAUGACUUCUUUUGAUUUUUCUCCAUCUCAUAGUGUUAAUGAAUCUUUAAACAUUCCCACGGCGUGUCAUUGAGUGACGCUGCAUCUUAAAGCUGAGUAGAAGAGGGUAGAUGAAAUGUAGAGAGAUGUUUCUUCAUAGACACGGCCUUAUUGCAGUGUGGCUAACCCCCUGAGCUGUUUAGAAAUGAUGUCGUCUCAUGAGAAAAACAGGACUUGGAAGAUAAUCUCUUUUUACUUUAUGUAUUGUAGCCAUGCUUUUCACUCUCGUAGCCAACACACGACAUUUAAGCAGCUUUCUAGAGUUAAAAACCCACUCGGACCUCUGCAGUCAGGGGCUCAUCUGUUCUUCUCAAACCUGGGAUCACUGACAUUUUACCAUCAUUUAUUGUGACUGAGGUGAUUUUGGGAAACCCCCGAGUGCUGCUGCACUCUCUGGCUUCUUUCUGUGUGCUCGUCAAGUUUCUCCUAAAAUGGGGAUAAUGUUUGUAAAGAGGACAGAUAUAAAUUGAGUGAUUUCACAUCCCACUCUUAUUUUAAGACACUCCACGGCUGACUUUCGUCACCACAGUUUACUUUGUAUGCAGAAAUGUCUUUCUUCAGGAACUGCUGAUCAGUUUAACAUUGAGAUGCCUUUGGUUGUGUGUUUUAGAUGUUUCUCUGCUCUCUUUCUGCUGUAUGUGUGCUGUAUGUGUGCUGUAUGAUUUGCUGAUAUACAACAUAUGCAGGCUGCAUUGAUGUUGAGUGCCUAUGUGUGAGGACGGUUGCGUGUUUGUGUGUGUGAUCUGAAUUGCUCUUUCUGCUUUUACAGUGUAAACCUUUGUGCAAUAUCUCUGCAGACUGUUAGUGUAUGUCUCUAUUGAAGUGGAAAGGAUCAAUGGACAUUAUUUCUCAUGAAGGACAGUAAAUUGACCUUUGUAUAUUCUUAUGACUAAUUCUCAUGUGAAGCGUGUCCAGGGUUGUUUCUGAGAUUUGUUUAAUUUCUUUUUUUUUUUCUAAAUUCCAAUUGAUGUGCUAAAUUUGAAAAUCUGUGUGUUAAACAGUCUGCAUUAAACAUUUUGAUUCAAAUGUGGUCUGCAAAUUUAAAACCAAGACUUCAGAUAAUAAACUGUUCUUUUCUGUCUGUA